CUGUGGCUGGCGCAAAACCAGUUCUCCAAGGACUGGCAGGAGACGUUCCGGUCGCUCAACUUGCACGGGGCGCAGUUCCUGGAGCUGGGCAGCGCGCAUGGCGGCCGCGGAAACUUUGGCAUGAUGCACCAGCGGGUGUACCCUCGACUGGCGCAGGAGUGUACGAAUAGCGGGACGGGAUGGGACCAGCCGAGAGAGAGGGAGGAGGGGAAGCGCAUGCGGAGGCUCAUCAGGAGCGUCGUCACUGGCCGGCCUGUUGAGGCUUCCAAGGCGAUGCCCUCCCACAGCCGAAAGGAGUCUACCGCAUCCAGCCAACCCCCGAAUCUCGCUCCUGCGAGCUCGGAUGCCCCAGAGGCUCUCGAGUCUCCGGUUGUGCCAGCCAACUCCCACGCCCGAAGGUUUUCCCAAACCAGAUCGACGACGAUGCCGCCAGCAAAUGGCACCGACAACACGAAUCAUAGGACAAUGUUGAAGAAUCUUGAGCAUGGACGGCAGAGUCCCACUGGCGAGCAGGCGGCCCAUUGCUCGAGCCCGGCCAACAGCCCGGCAACCCAGCCCACCCUUUUCCACUCGGCCACUACUCCGAUUCUAUCAUCCUCGCCCAACUCAUCCAAGUUUACCCACAGGUCCAGGAACAGCACCGACUCGGCCGCGUCCAACGCCGCGAUUUAUGGAUCGGGCAUCCCUCCAGAGGCGGUCGGCCUCAUCACGCGAGGCAUGAGCCUGGCGGAGCUCAUGUCCUCCUCGAGGAGUCAAGACAGCUCUUCCAAGCAUGCCGAGUCUCCGUCAUCUGCCAAGGACUCCAAGGGUCUUCUCAGUUUCCUAUCCAGGAGGAAGCGGCAACAAGUAGACGGCGCCUUUCCUUCGCCUGACGAUCUCGACUCUCCCACUUCGCCCGCCUUUCAUAAGCCCUUGUCAAUAGCCACGCAUGGAUCGGAUGCUGGUUACACCCACCCGGACCCGUCCAGCAUCACUUCGCACUACGGACCAAGACACGGUGUUGGUCAAGCUAGAACAUACGUCCUGGCUACCAUGGACCAUUGGAACUACCGGAUGUGCGACAUCACAGACGCAGAGACGGCGGCGGAUAUUCGACAAGCUAUCUGCCACAACCUCGGUAUUCCCGACAUUGAGGGCU